AUGGCCGACACCGUUGUCGAACUUCCCUACUUAUCGUCGCAUUAUUCAAUUCCUGAAACAACACUCGCUUCCCUGACACAAGCACCCACCGUCGAUCUUGUGAACCAGCUUCUUCAAUCAAUCACAAAGAAAGCAAACGAGCACGAUGAACUCGACGCUAAUAAGAUUCGUCUGGAAGUGGAACUUGAGAAUCUCUCUCGCAACAGAGACUCGAAGAUCAAAGUCUUGAAAGAGGCCGUCGAGAAGGGCCAUGCCGAAUUAGAGGCAUUGCGAAAAAGCCUACACGAAUCCGAAAACAUCAGGUCCGCUCUCGAGUCCGAAAUUUCCACCCUCAAAUCGUCCUCAACAUCAAAUGAAUCAGAGACCGCCUCAUUGAAGUCGCGCAUCUCAACGCUGGAAGCUGAAAAGCGGGAGAGCCUAGCAUUACUCGAGUCUAAGUCUGCCGCCCAUGACAAGCUCGCCGAAGAGCUCUCAACUUUACACAAGAAGACCAUCGACCUGCGCCGUGAGCUUUCAACCGCCGAGCAAAACCAACAGAAGGUCGACUCCACUUCCGCGAGCGCGCGUUUCAGAGAGCAGAGUCUUCAGCAAGAGCUGGACCUCACCAAAAAGAAUAAUGAAUGGUAUGAGACAGAGCUGAAGACAAAGGGAGCAGAGCAUAUGAAAUUCCGUAAGGAAAAGAGUGCCCGCAUCUCCGAACUUCAGCGCGAAAAUGAGGAGGCGAGUUCAACAAUCGAUUCCCUUCGCCGCAGUGAAAAUUCUCUCAAGACCCGUCUCGAUGAAACUGAGCAGCGCUACGAGGACUCAUUGGCCAAGAUCAGUCAACUUAAGGAGGAGACGAUCCAAGCCGCUGAGGCCUUCCGAGUCGAGUUGACAGCCACCCAACGCCUGGCUGAAGUUCAAGGAACUGCCGCGAAGACUGCCAAGGAGCGCGUGGAAGAGUGCAGGCUUGAACUGCAGAAAGCCAAGGACCAUGCCGCGGAAGAAAUCUCCCGUCUCCGUGUCGAGAAUGAGACCGAGCACACCGACAGGCAGGCUGCAGAGCGCCGUGUUGCUGAACUUGAAGCCAGUAUUUCACAGCUGGAAUCCGAAGGCCGAAACCGAUCGAUGAGCCCUGCUCACUCUCUCAAUGGGUUUGCACCCAGUACGCCAAUGCGACCUGGUACCCCUGGUGGCAGUUUCACCCCACGAGCCUCUCGUACCAAGGGCGGUCUCACCCUUACACAAAUGUAUACUGAAUAUGACAAGAUGAGAACUCUCCUCACUUCCGAGCAGAGAACUAGUCAAGAACUCCGAGUCACACUUGACGAGAUAGUUCAGGAACUGGAAUCUAGCAAGCCUGAAAUUGACGAGCUCCGUGCCGAUCACGGCCGCCUUGAAAAUGCCGUUAUCGAAAUGUCAACCCUCCUGGAGACAUCUGGAAAGGAGCGCGAUGAUGCCACUAAAGAGGCAAGGAAAUGGCAAGGCCAGAUCGAAGGACUCGCUCGCGAGGGUGAUAUUCUUCGUCAACAACUUCGGGAUCUCAGUGCCGAAGUAAAGGUCCUCGUUCUGGAGGUUGCUAUUUCCAAGCAGGGCGAAGAUUAUGACCGCGAGGAACUGGAGAAAAUCGCUCGGGAAGAGAUUGAAGAGUCUUCUGCAGAGCUGAACCCAACUGGCCGUUUCAUCAGCCAGAACCUGACCACUUUCAAGAACCUCCACGACCUUCAAGAACAAAACCUCACCCUUCGACGUAUGCUUCGAGAACUGGGCGACAAGAUGGAAGGCGAGGAGGCUCGUGCGAAGGAUGCCGUACGUCAGCAAGAGGCUGAGGAGCUGAAGGAAUUGCGAACUCGUGUGCAGACUUACCGCGACGAGAUUGCGAACCUUGUAGCUCAAUCUAAGAGCUAUGUCAAGGAGCGGGAUACCUUCCGCAGUAUGCUCACUCACAGACGCCAGACUGUUGGGGACACUUCUAUUUUCUCGCAAUCCGUCCCCCUUGGGGCCGCACCUAUGGGUGCUGGCGACAGUCAGAUCAGUAACUCUCCCGACUACGCGGAUCUCCUUCGAAAGUUGCAAGCCCAUUUCGACAGCUAUCGGGAGGAGACUUCUACGGAUCACUCAGCACUUCGUCAACAGGUCAACGAGCUCUCUCGCAAGAACAGUGAGCUUCUCAGUGAGAUCAGUCGGUCUAGCAGCCAAUUGGCAGCCGCCAACUCUCGAGGCGAGCUUCUUCAGAGUAACUUCAAUAUGCUGAAGAGUGAGAAUAGCGAGCUGCAGAAGCGCUACUCUUCUAUUCUUGAAAACGCAAACCGACAAGACCUUCGAACUCAACAAGCUGCCGAGGACCUCGUCGAAGCUAAGGGUCUUCUUGAAAGUCACCAACGAGAGAAUGCAAACCUUAAGGCCGAGAGAGACCUCUUGAAGACUGUCGAGAAGAGACUUUAUGAGGAUCUCGAGAACUUGCGUAAUGAGCGCAGCCGUCUCGAUACGCUGAACGGCAAUAUGCAAAGCAUGCUGAAUGAACGCGAACACACCGACUCAGAAAACCGUCGCCGACUCGAGUCAAGUGUUGAAACCCUCGAAUCUGAGCUACAAACCACAAAACGGAAGCUUAAUGAUGAGACGGAGAACUCCAGACGAGCCGCUUUGCGCCGAGACUACGAACAAGAACAGAAUCAGAAGCGCAUCGACGACCUAAUGACUAGUCUCAGCUCUGUUCGUGAGGAGUUAGUAGCUGUCAAGACAACCAAGGAUCACCUCCAGUCCCGUGUGGACGAGCUCACUGUCGAGCUCAAGAGUGCCGAGGAGCGCCUCCAGGUCUUGCAGUCCCGGCCAAGCGCACCAUCCGCCCCUACGGAGACCCCUGUUGCUGAGCAAGACACCACUGAUGGAAGCGGCUUGACCCGUGAGCAGGAACUCUCCAUAGAGGUUUCUGAACUCAAGCGCGAUCUUGACUUGGCAAAGAACGAAUUGGCCCAUGCUAAGGAACGCGUGGAAGAAUACCAGGCAAUUAGCCAGUCGACUGAAGAACGCAUGGAAUCUGAGGCCGACACCCACGCUCUGUACCGCGAAGAAACCGACGCUCUUCUCGAAGAGCGGAGCAAGAAAAUCCAGGAGCUUGAGACCCGAAUUGAAGAAAUUUCUACCGAGAUGUCCACCAACGCUACCGAAUUGACCAAGCUUCGUGAAACUCAAGGCGAAGCGACACGUCAUCUUGAGGAACAGAAGUCUGAUCUGGAAUCUGAGAUCACGCGACUAAAGGACGACAACGAGCGCCAUUUGGAAGCCGCCAAGUACCACCAGGAGGACAUCAAGGCACAAGCAGAGAUCGCCCAAACUGCUCAACAGAACUACGAGAAUGAACUGGUCAAACAUGCCGACGCUGCCAGGAAUCUACAGACUGUCCGCGCCGAGGCGAACCAAGUUAAGCUUGAGAUGGCUGAAAUUCGCACUCAGGCCGAAACUCUCAAGAAGGAUUUGGGCCGAAAGGAAGAAAGCUGGAUUGAGCAGAAGACAAGAUACGACACCGAGCUCUUGGAGUUGCAGAAGCGCCGCGAGGAGGUUCUUCACCAGAACUCCUUGUUGCACGAGCAAGUUCAAGGCAUCACUGCUCAGAUAUCCUCCCUCCAGCGCGAUAAGGCCAAUUUCGCUGAAGCCGAAGAGCAGGAAGGAGAAUUGGCGCCAAACCUGGAACGUCAACAACAACUUAUCAGCUGGCUGCGCAAGGAGAAGGAAAUCCUUGAGCUUCAGCUCCAAUGCUCUAAUUCUGAGAAGGAGAGACUACAACGCCAAUUCGACUACACGCAAACCCAACUCGAUGAGACACGUCUCAAGCUGGAACAGCAGCGUCGAGCUGCCGCAGAUAGCGACCAAAACACCCUCAAUCACAACAAGCUCAUGGAGACCCUUAAUGAGCUGAACCUCUUCCGUGAGAGCAGCGUCACUCUACGCAACCAAGUCAAGCAAACUGAAGCCGCCCUUGCCGAAAAGUCCGCUCGUGUUGAUGAGCUUGUUCAACAGGUCGAACCCCUCGAGACCAAAAUCCAUGAAUUGGAGAAUAUUGUCGAGUCUAAGGAUGGAGAAAUGAAACUACUCCAGGCCGAUCGUGAUCACUACCAAAAGCGGAUUCAAAACAUCCUCCAGAAGUACGAUCGAGUUGAUCCGCAGGAAAUGGAGGCGUUGCAAGAAAAGCUCUCCACCCUGGAGAAGGAGCGUGAUGAGGCUGUUGCCGCUCGUAAUGAGGCUGCAUCAAUCCGGGAUAGUCUCGCAGCAGAAGUUGAUCAACACAAGAACACUGCCGAGGCUCGUGUGGCAGAACUUCGAACCAAGCUCACCGAACAAUUCAAGGCCCGAUCUAAGGAGCUGUCUGGGCGCAUCAAUGGCAAGCAGACUGAACUCAACUCCGCCCUGCAGGAGAAGGAGGUGUUGCAGGAUGAGCUGAACACUACUAAGGCUGAGCUAGCGACACUGAAGGUUAAGCUAGUAGAGACACCCGCCCCUGUUGACGGCGCUGCAGCCACGCAAGUAUCUGCUCCCGCUCCUAUGCCGAUGGAAACCGAGCCUAUCAACCCCACUCCCGCUUCGCAGUUCCCGACUGCUGCUACUCAAGUUGUCCCAGUCGGUGAUGAGCAGAAGAUUAAGGUGCUGGAAGCUAAGAUCCAGCGCCUAGAGGCUGCUCUCAUUGAGAAGAAUGACCAGCUGGCUGCGAAGGAUACUGAGCUGGAGGCGAAGCUGAAGGAACGUUCCGAUAAGCUGAAGGAGAUGUAUAACGCCAAAUUGGUUGAGAUCAGGGCAGCUCAGCGUAAGGAAACUGAGAAUGUGCCCGCUGGAGAACAAUCUACCCCGGCCACCCCUGCGACUCCCGGCGCAAAUGCCGAGCAGCCGCCUUCCACGCCAGCUAAGACGUCUGAGCUUCCCGACCUAACCGAUGCUCAAGCGCGCGAGUUGCUUUCUAAGAACGAGACCUUGCGUGUAAUUAUGCGAAACAACAUUCGCAACCACGUGGAUAGGGCAAAGCAGCAGGCUCAGGCAGAAGCUGGUUCCAACGACACUGCACUGGCUGCCGCCGAAUUGAAGUACAACGAAGAACGUGAAUCUCUCAGAAAGGCGCAUGAAGAUGAGGUGGGCGAGAAAGUCAAAUCAGCUGUGGAGCUUUCGGAUAAGAAAUCUCUCGCACGCAUCAGUAUGCUUGACGGGCAAAGGCGAACCGCUCUAGUUAAGCUGGAUGUUGUCAAGAAGGCUGCAGAGGAGACACCUCAGAAGCCAGUCAUCGAGGUAUGGGAGAUCGCUAAGGUUGCCCGACCUCCGCCUGCUGCCGCUCAAACCCCAAAGCCUGCUGCCGUCCCCUCUCCCGCUCAGCCUGCUUCUCCUGCUCCUAAAUCAGCAGUGCAACAAGAGCAACCUCCUACGCAAGCCGUUCCUACAAACGCCGCUCCAAAUGCCGCGUCCCCCGCGCCCGCGCCCGCUACGGAGCAAGCGCCGACUCCUCUUCCCUCAGCCCAGCCAACUGGCACUGGCGAGCAACAGCAAGCGAGUACCGAAUCCGAGCCAACAGCUGCUCCCAACCCCUUUGGGCAACAGGUUCAGAACCAGCAAGGUCAGCAGUCCUCCAAUUUGCCAACCAAGCCUCCUGCAAACAACACCCCGCCUGGUAUGAUGCGAGCCCUGCAAUCCAACCUUCCGAUUGCUCGGGGCGGUGGCCGUGGUGGCCGCGGCGGAAUCCAACCGACGCCUUUCAACCAUGCCCAGCAGCAACAGCAAGGCGAGCAGCAACAACAGCAACAAGCCCAGCCUCAAGUGCAGGCCCAACGCGGUACUGGUCUUCCUCGAGGCCGCGGUGGACGGGGUGGCGCAGGUCGUGGUGGAAAUCAAAACCAAAAUGCCACUGCUCAAAAUCAAGCUCAAAGUCCUACCGCAAACCGUGGGGCUAUGAACCCAGGCGCUCGCCAGUUUGUUCCUCACGGCAACAAGCGUACGCGUGACGAAGCGUCCGAUGCCCCCACCGAUACCAAUGCGGGUGGGAAACGGAUGAGAGGUGGUGGUGGGGGUCAGGCUCGUGGUGGAGGAGCAGCAUCUUAA